GGCAAACUCCACUGCAGCGCCUUCGAGCAGAACAGAAGCGUUUGAGGGAAAUACUUUAAAGCCAGCACUCAAACUGAAAGAAGUAGUGCCUCCCGUCUGUGUGCGUAAACGGCUGUUGGGGAACCAGAGUAGUUUUAACAAGCAUCUCAAAGGAGUGUGAAGUUACCUGAGAGACAGCAUAAGAGCUUACUGCUGCCAACAGAAGGGGGGAGAUGUCACCCCCCCUAUUUCUCCAGUGCCAGGCGCUCACCAGCUCCCUUUUUGUGAGCCUGUUUGAACUGGGCAAAGAAAAUGAGGAGAUGGAAAAGCUUUCCAAGACCAACUUCUCCAACAACAAUGAUUUUCGGGCUCUUCUGCAGUCUCUGUAUGCCACAUUCAAGGAAUUUAAAAUGCAUGAGCAGAUUGAAAAUGAAUGUAUCAUUGGUUUACUUCAGCAGCGUAGCCGGACAGUGUACAAUGUGCACUCGGACAACAAACUCUCAGAGAUGCUUAGCCUCUUUGAGAAAGGGUUAAAGAAUGUAAAGAAUGAAUAUGAACAGCUAAACUAUGCGAAACAGCUGAAGGAGAGGUUGGAAGCCUUUACCAGGGAUUUCCUUCCUCAUAUGAAAGAGGAAGAGGAGGUUUUUCAGCCAAUGUUGAUGGAAUACUUUACUUAUGAAGAAUUGAAAGAUAUUAAGAAAAAAGUAAUUGCACAGCACUGCUCACAGAAGGAAGCUGCAGAAUUCAGAGGUCUUAGUAAGUGGAAUCAAGCUGAAGAGCUUCAGAAGGUCUUUAAAUAUUCUGUGGAUGAGAAGACAGAUCAAGAAACUGAAGUGACAGGGCACACCACAAAUAUUACUAAUCUUCCUCCUGAAGUAAUGCUGACCAUUUUCAGUUACCUUAACCCCCAGGAGUUAUGUCAGUGUAGUCAAGUAAGCACAGAAUGGUCACAGUUGGCUAAAACUGGAUCCCUCUGGAAACAUCUUUAUCCUGUUCGCUGGGCCAGAGGUGAUUGGUAUAGCGGUCCUGCAGCAGAUCUUGAGACAGAACCUGAUGAGGAAUGGGUGAAAAAUAGAAAAGAUGAAAGUCGUGCUUUCCAGGAAUGGGAUGAAGAUGCUGAUAUAGAUGAAUCUGAAGAAGCAGCUGAAGAUUCACUUGCCAUUAAUAUAGCACAAAUGGAAAAACAUUUACUUCAUGGCUUAAUUCAUAAUGUCCUCCCACAUGUCGGCUCUUCAGUGAAGACGUUAGUACUGGCCUACAGUUCUGCAGUGUCUAGCAAAAUGGUUAGACAGAUCUUGGAGCUUUGUCCCAACUUGGAAUAUUUGGAUCUCACUCAAACUGAUAUUUCAGACUCUGCAUUUGAAAGUUGGUCUUCGGUUGGUUGUUGUCAAAAUCUUCGCCACCUUGAUCUGUCUGGCUGUGAAAAAAUCACAGAUGUGGCAAUAGAGAGGAUUUCCAGAGCUUUGGGUAUCAUAUCAACACACCAUAACAAAGGCAUUCUGAAAAGCUGCAGAAACAGGAAUGCCAAGACUUUAUGGAAAAAUAAAGAUGUUACUCUUCAGUCCAACAAGAAGUAUAGUUGUUUGCACGAGAUCAACAAUGAGAAUCUCAUUGAGGGAGGAGGUAGUGAGCAUCAUUGGACUAAACCUGAUGGCUCAGACGGUUUCAACUCUGCUUACGUAUGGAUGCUAGAUGUAGAUGACUUAGCUGACAUCGAAGAUGCUGCAGAGUGGAGACACAGAAAUGUUGAAGGAUUUUGUCUUGUGGAACCAACAGCCAAUUUUAGUUGUUCUGCGUCUUGCUACAGCAGGGAUAUUUAUGGAUUAAGGACUAGAGGGUGGCAGCAGCACUGUGCUUCUACUGACUUGAUUUACUGCGGUCACUCGUUUUGUUGUGCUGGGACAGCACUAAGAACUAUUCGAGCACUUCCUGAGUCCUCUGCACUGUGUAAAAAAACAAGGACUAAACAGUCAGAGAAAAAAGACUUGGCAUACUCUGGGAGUGAAAAAUCGGGUGAAGAGACUGCACGAGUUCUUCAGUUUCUCAGUCUGUCUGGAUGUUACCAGGUCACAGAUCGUGCUCUCAGGGUACUGACUCUGGGAGGAGGACUGCCGCAUUUGGAACACCUUAACCUCUCGGGUUGUCUCACUGUAACCGGUGCAGGCCUGCAGGAUUUAGUUUCUGCAUGCCCUUCUCUAAACGACGAACACUUUUACUACUGUGACAACAUUAACGGUCCUCAUGCUGAAACCGCCAGUGGAUGCCAGAAUUUGCAGUGUGGUUUUCGGGCCUGCUGCCGCUCUGGCGAAUGACCGCUGACUUCUGAUCUUUCAGUCUACUUCAUUUAGCUGAGCAGGCUUCCUUUCAUGCACUUUACUUACAGUUUGCAUCUUGUGUUAACAAUCCUUGGAGUGAGAUUUGUUAUACUAGCCUGGCCAUCCCCACAGCAUUAAAAUCUUAAUUAUGAGUGUACUGUACAGUGUUGUAACAAUCUCACAAAAUCUCAUUUGAUUUGAAGGGUGUUGGGUUUUAUUUUACUUAAUUUGGGGAAGACAGGAAAACAUUCAGAUUUUUUUUUAAUGCCACUUUUCUCCAAGUUUGGCACUUAAAUCUACUUUACUGGAUGAUUUUGUGUUAAGUGAAUGGGAUUUUUUUUUAAUCCACAAUAUAGAGCUCUGCAGAUAAUUCAAAAUGUAUUGUUUGCAUUUGGGUAACAAUUACACAUCUUCAGAAGCCUUGUUUCUCCCCCUUUCCUCUAAUCUUGAAGUUCUUCUUUAUACUGCAAAAUUAGGGAAACUCCUACUUUCCUUUUGCAUUUGGUUUUGUAUUUGUGCUUGGAAAACAUACUCAAAUAAAACAUUCCCAUCAAUAAAAAAAAGUUUUAUGUAGUUGAA